CUCUCUCCCUCUCUACUUUGAGCUCUGAAGCCUUUUAUUCGGUUUCUUCUUCUUCGACACUGAAACCCAUCCUCUAUUACCAGUAAAACCAAUUGUGCAAUGGAUCCCUAUUCGAAACUGCAUAUGGGUUCCUUUCUCCUCUUCUUGUUCUUCGCUUCUGCCCUCGCAAUCUCAUCCGUUUCGGCCUCUAAUGGCAUAACAGUCUACGAAAUCUUGACCCAAUAUGGGCUACCGCGUGGCCUCUUACCUGACUCGGUGAAAAAAUUUUCUCAUACCGAAGAUGGGAACUUCGUCGUUGAAUUGGAGAAGCCCUGUUACAUUCAAUUCGAAAACAUGGUCUCCUAUGAUCAGAAGAUCACUGGUACGAUUAAGUAUGGUUCGAUUACGAAUCUAGACGGGAUUAAAGUGAAGCGGUUCUUCUUGUGGCUCGACGUCCAGGAGAUCAGGGUGGAUUUGCCGCCUUCCGGUUUCGUAUAUUUUCAGGUCGGUUUAAUCAACAAGAAGCUUGAUGCUGGUCAGUUCCAGACUGUGCAGUCUUGCAAGGAUGGUCUCUCCUGUCAAGGUUUUUGGAAGGAUAUUCUCAAGGUUCCCACUCCCAUUAAGGAAGUCCCAAUGCUACUAACAGAGUAAGGAAAGACAAA